ACAUAAAUCUGAUAAGAAAUUGAAUUGAAAAUUAGCGUGGAAACCAAUCGGUCGUGUUGAUAAGAAUAUAAUAUGUUUGUUUUAUUUGUAGCAUUUUAUUUGUUUGAUACUUAACGUUAUGUACACUUUUUCUAUUACAAUUGUUGUAACAUUAGUAUUUAGUCAAAAUAUACACAGCUUAGACCUAGUGGAAGUAGAUAUCAAUAAUAUUUUCAAAAAUGUGGAUAAACAAAAGCAAAGAAUUCAAGCAGCGGAUUAUAAAAAGUCUAAUGUUGAUGAAUUAACUAAAUUUUUCAAUAGAGUAAUUAAAGGAUUAAGUGUAGAUGACGAUAGAUCUAAAGUUUAUAAAGAAAAAAAAUUAAAUCUCGGUCAAAAUCAGUAUUCGAGUGAAGAUUUUAACAAAGUACCCAUAAAGAAAGUUCUUAAAGUGAAACCACAUUUGUUUAAAUUACACCCAAAGCAAACAGUAAAUGAUCAGUCGAAUGAAGAGCAGGCGUUUUAUAAAGACAUUCGCAACGAUCGUAACGAUUAUUCCAAAGUUUACUUGGUCCUCGAUCCAGACAGUAAUUUAUCAAAUUCCGAUGUAAAAGAUAUAAACAAAUUGGUGUCUUCUUUGUUUUCAAGAACUGCAUUUAAUAAAAAGGCAACAUUUAAAGAUCAUAAAGGGAUAAGGCGUUACAAAGGGUUCGUGAUAAGAGAUGUCAGACGUCGAAUCAAAGAUAAACAAGAAAAAUACGCGAAGUCAUCAAAAGAGAAUGAUUACAAAGUAAAAAGAGGAAGAGGCGGUGGUAGCGGAGGCGGUCGGACUGCCAUACCGUAUAUAAGACAUAGGGGUGAUAUAUACGAAAAAGAUUAGAAGAUAUCAAUGAUUUCUCUAUUUCCAAAUAAGAAUUUAAAUUAAAAAAUAAGUGUUACUUUUAUAUAUAAUAUUGAUCUGAUUGAUUUCGGCCACGGACAUUCUUAAGGGAUCCAAUAUAACCGAAAAAUAGAUUCGGGCGCUGGAACAAAGAUUUUACGUGCAUUCCGAGGCAAAGAAGCCUAAGCACUGCCAACAAUCAUAACUAUUUUGCUCCAGUUUUUUUGUUCCUACCCGUCUAUAUUGUUUAUAUAACUAGACUUCAUUACUGUACUUUGUACUGCAACACAAACAAACUAUUAUUUUUGGUGGCAGUUUACACACACAUAAUAAACAUAACUUAGGCUGUUAUCACACUGCCGCUUUACACAGAAAAUAAAUAGCAAAUUGAAUAUAAAGUACGUUUAUCGCAAACGCUAUACGUCCUUUACAUGCGAAGCUUAAUUUAAAAACUGUGUAUUUAAAUUAAGAACUAAAACGGAUAAAAAAACUAUAGAAUAUUAUUAACGUAACGAUUAACAAGCGUCAAGAGAGUGCAAAAUUUCAUUUCAAUUGGUUGAACACCAGCAAGAUCUGCACAUAACACAGAUAAGUAACAUUAUAUAAAACUUGUAAAAAAGGGUAAAAUACCUGAGACGUCUCAGGUAUUCUACCUUGAGUUAUAAAGAAAUAUAAAUAAAACUACAUUUUGCUUUAUAUGUUUUACUAAUGCGUAUUUUCUAUAAUUUAUUUAAGAGUAUAUCACAGUCAUCACUUUAAUAAGUGCAUUAGUAUAAAUAGUUUACUCUUGUAAUACAGUUGAAAACUUAUGUAUGUAUAAAUUGAAUUUUUAUUAAGUUAAUAAAUAGUUUGACUAGAGUUUUACAAUGAUCUACGAUUUAUUUUAUAAAUAAAAUUAUUGUUACCAUAUACAUAAGACUAGGUGAAAUUGUGCAAUAUCGAAUAUGUUUGGUGUUUACAAAUGGUGAAUCUUAAAUCUAUAUUAUGUAAAAAAAUUUUGAUAAAUGACAUCCCAUUGUUAUAAUUGUUUUGUACGGAACACGUUUGUUUUGCGGUUGAACGGCCGGGUGGUAUUUUCUUUCAGCGAGGGUCUGGUGAAGACUUUUAAUAUGGUGUCGUAUUCGCUCCAUUGAAUAAAAAAAAAGUAAAAAUUGAAAAUAAAUGACCAUUUUUUUUUCGGUGGAAAAAACAAUUUCAGAUCUGGUUUAUGGUCUUUAAUAAGCAACAUAUUAUGUGAAAAUUAUUGAAUUUUGUGCCACUUUCACACACAAAUCGUUGUUAUCCUUGAUGAGUAUUGAAUUUUGGAUAUAAAAUAAUUGUUAGGAAUAUUGCUAGUAUACUAUAGUUUCUUGUAAUGCAAGUUUAAAAUUAUUAUUAUUUUGUAAUGCAUAAUCAUUAUAUUAAGGAAGGAUAUAUAAACACAGACGGAUACUUUUAAUUACGUAACGUAAAAACGUAUUUUUUUUCGUUUUAUUGUGUAAAUUGAUUGAUUAUUUUCAACUUUCAUUUCCAUAAAAAGUUCUGCAGUUAUAAGUUAUCGUCAUACAGAAUUUCUUUGAAAUCUGUAAAAUAAAAAAUGAGAGAUAUUUGAAAUAAAAUGUCCUUCGCUUUGACAGUUGAAAAAAAAAUUCAUAGACAAAGGCAGCAUCGUUACAGUUUAAUUAUAUUUAUAGUUAUAUAUAAAAUAAAUCUAAUUGGAAACUAGUUUCAUAGACAACAUAUGUAAGUAUUUUAAUUCUACAACUAAUUAGUUAUAAAUAUUAAAUAAUUGAUUCUUACAAUGAUAAAUAUUUUCUGGGACCUAAACAAUAAUUGACUAGAAUAUGCAAGCUAAGUUAUCAUUUAAACAUUAACAACUAGGCCAUACAUUUAUGAACUAAUCAAAUACAUAUAUUAAAAAGAAGAAUACGGUUCAAUUCUAUGAAAGGAACUUAAGAUUUUAGGCGAGUUACUGAUUUGUUAUUGUUACAAUUUUUUCUUUUUAAUUACAUCCGCAGAUUAAACAAAACAUGGGUAUCGAUUUUAUUUAUUUUUCCAUUUUAUAAUUAUACUAAAUUUUUACUGUUUUGUCGUUAUUUUAUAUUACUAUUAAAAACGAGUUUUCCUUUUUUCUUCUAUAAUUAAAAUUAAAUUUUUUUAUUCAAUAAUUAUUUAGGCAGUCUAAGCCGCUUGCUUGUAUUUUUAUUUAUGCAAAAUGUUCGAAAUUGAAUAUUCAUGCAGCAAGCCAAAUAAAGCUUUUUUUACUGUGA